AUGGGAUACAUCGACGACGAGGUCAAGCGUCUCCAGGGCGUCAUUGCCAACCUGGAGGGCAGAGUCCAGGCUCUCGAGACCAAGCAGUUUGGUCCCAGCUCCCAGAAGAAGACUGUCGAGGAGGUCCGCGCCAUUCUGAUCGGUCCUCCCGGUGCUGGCAAGGGAACACAAGCGCCCAGACUUAAGGAGAAGUUCAACUGCUGCCAUCUUGCCACCGGUGACAUGCUCCGGUCCCAGGUUGCCAAGAAGACCCCCCUCGGCCAAGCGGCUAAGAAGAUCAUGGAUGCCGGCGGUCUCGUCUCUGACGAGAUUGUCAUUGGCAUGAUCAAGGAGGAGCUCGACAACAACAAGGAGUGCAAGGGCGGCUUCAUCCUUGACGGUUUCCCCCGCACCGUCCCCCAGGCCGAGGGUCUCGACAAGAUGCUCCGCGAGCGCAACCAGACCCUCCAGCACGCCGUCGAGCUCAAGAUUGACGACGAGCUCCUCGUAGCGCGCAUCACCGGCCGUCUGGUCCACCCCGCCUCGGGCCGCAGCUACCACGUCAAGUUCAACCCUCCCAAGAAGGAGAUGACCGACGACAUCACGGGCGAGCCAUUGAUCCAACGCUCCGACGACAAUGCCGACGCUCUCAAGAAGCGCCUCGAGACCUACCACAAGCAGACCACCCCUGUGGUCAACUACUACCAGAAGACGGGCAUCUGGAAGGCCAUUGACGCCUCCCAGGAGCCCGGCCAGGUCUGGAAGAGCCUGCUCGCCAUCUUUGACGGCGACAAGUCCAAGGCUAGCAAGGCUGGCAGCACCAUCCUCAGCAAGCUCACCCACAGCUCUUAG